ACGGAGAUUGGAGGAGCAAGAGGAGAGAAAGAGGAGAGUGGAGAGAGAAGAGAGGAGAGAUGAGAGAAGAGGAAAGAGGACAGGGGAGAGGAGAGAGGAGAGACUGAGAGAAGAGAGAGAAGAGGAAAGAGGAGAGGAGAGACGAGAGACUAGAGAAGAGAGAGAAGAGGAGAGAGGAGAGGAGAGAGGAGAGGCGGAGGGAGAGCCAGCGGCCGCGGUGGGCACCAUGGGGAGGGCAGCGCCGAGCAUCUGAGUGGGUCCCCGGCCCAGCGCGGCUGCCCCUGGCCCCCACCCCCGUCCACCCCCGCGUCCAGGCCAGGCCUCGGGGGGCGGGGGAUGGCCGACUCGUGCCGCAACCUCACCUACGUGCGGGACUCGGUGGGCCCGGCCACCAGCACUCUGAUGUUCGUGGCGGGCGUGGUGGGCAACGGGCUGGCUCUGGGCAUCCUGGGCGCGCGGCGGCGCUCGCGGCCGUCGGCCUUCGCCGUGCUGGUCACCGGACUGGCGGCCACCGACCUGCUGGGCACGUGCUUCCUGAGCCCGGCCGUGUUCACGGCGUACGCGCGCAACAGCUCGCUGCUGGGGCUGGCGCACGGCGGCCCCGCGCUGUGCCAGGCCUUCGCCUUCGCCAUGACCUUCUUCGGGCUGGCGUCCACGCUGCUGCUGUGCGCCAUGGCCGUGGAGCGCUGCGUGGCCCUGAGCCACCCCUACGCCUAUGCGCAGCGGGACGCGCCGCGCUGUGCCCGCCGCGCGUUGCCCGCUAUCUACGCCUUCUGCGCGCUCUUCUGCGCGCUGCCCCUGCUCGGCCUGGGCCAGCACCAGCAGUACUGCCCGGGCAGCUGGUGCUUCAUCCGCCUGCGCUCCGCCCGGCCCGGCGGCUGCGCCUUCUCGCUGGCCUACGCCAGCCUGGUGGCCCUGCUGGUGGUCGCCAUCGUCUUCUGCAACGCCUCGGUCACGCUCAGCCUCUGCCGCAUGCACCGCCAGCAGCGGCGCCACCAGGCCUCGGCGCUGCCGGGGACCCGCGCCCGCGAGGACGAGGUGGACCAUCUGAUCCUGCUGGCCCUCAUGACGGGCGUCAUGGCCGUGUGCUCGCUGCCCCUCACGAUCCGCGGCUUCACCCAGGCCAUCGCCCCAGACAGCAGCGAGAUGGGGGACCUGCUGGCCUUCCGCUUCAACGCCUUCAACCCCAUCCUGGACCCCUGGGUGUUCAUCCUCUUCCGCAAGGCUGUCUUCCAGCGGCUCCAGGGCUGGUUCUGCCGCCUGCUGCCCAGACCUGCCCGGGCUGAUUCGCAGGCACCCCUCUCCCGACCCGCCUCCAGGAGGACGGACCCAGGACCCCCCGCUGCUCCUGGGGGCAAGGAAGGACAUGGGGUGCCUCUGGCAGCCUGGGGCGAGGGCCAGGGACCCUCCCUGCCUCCUGCAGCGGUCUCCGGCAUCGGCACUGUGGGGACUCCAUCUAAAGUGGGGUCUGCUGCCAUCUGCUCUCUCUGCUGACCGUGCCCCUUUGCCUGGGG